GGACUAGGAGGAAAAGAGGCAGCUUUAGGCUCCCGUGGGCUAGGAAAGGAAAAAGGAGAAGUGGUGUGGAGAUAGGUGGCUAGGUGGCUUAGGCGGUCUCCGGUCCCCUAUACUGCCUUGCCUUCUGUGAACGACUGGGCUUGGAUGCAAAGGUACAGCUUCAGCUAGCCAGAUCUGAGCAGCAGGGGUACAGCUCUGUUGGGCCAUAGUAGUGGGCUGCGAGCUCGGGCUGGUGAGCAAGGAAAUCUCGGUCCCCAGCAGCCGCCACUGCCCCUUUGAUGUUUUGGUACGCCGUGCGCAUGCGCCCCACAUUAGAAUUACUGCACUGGGCAGACUAAGUUGGAUCUCCUCUCUUCAGUGAAUCCCUCAAUCCCAUCAAAAACUAAAGGGAUGUGGAGAGUCCGGAAAAGGGACUACUUUGGGAUUUGGUCAUUUCCCUUAAUAAUCGCCGCUGUCUGUGCUCAGAGUGUCAAUGACCCUAGUAAUAUGUCGCUGGUUAAAGAGACUGUGGACAGACUGUUGAAAGGCUAUGACAUUCGUCUGAGACCAGAUUUUGGAGGUCCCCCUGUGGCUGUAGGAAUGAACAUUGAUAUCGCCAGCAUUGAUAUGGUUUCUGAAGUCAAUAUGGACUAUACCUUGACGAUGUAUUUUCAGCAAGCCUGGAGAGAUAAGAGGCUGUCCUACAACGUAAUCCCUCUAAACUUGACUUUGGACAAUCGAGUGGCAGACCAGCUCUGGGUGCCUGACACCUACUUCCUGAACGAUAAGAAGUCAUUUGUACAUGGAGUGACCGUCAAAAACCGUAUGAUCCGGCUGCAUCCAGAUGGCACUGUCCUGUACGGCCUCAGAAUCACAACUACGGCUGCCUGUAUGAUGGAUCUAAGGCGGUAUCCACUGGAUGAACAAAACUGCACCUUGGAGAUUGAAAGCUAUGGCUAUACAACUGACGACAUUGAGUUCUACUGGCGCGGUGAUGACAAUGCAGUCACGGGGGUGACAAAGAUUGAGCUUCCUCAGUUCUCCAUCGUAGAUUAUAAACUCAUAACCAAGAAGGUGGUUUUCUCCACAGGUUCCUACCCCAGAUUGUCCCUCAGCUUUAAACUGAAAAGAAAUAUUGGCUACUUCAUCCUGCAGACAUACAUGCCAUCCAUUCUGAUCACCAUCCUCUCCUGGGUCUCCUUCUGGAUCAAUUAUGACGCAUCUGCGGCCCGAGUUGCAUUAGGAAUUACAACUGUCCUAACAAUGACCACAAUCAACACCCACCUCCGGGAGACACUCCCUAAGAUCCCCUAUGUAAAAGCCAUCGACAUGUACCUAAUGGGGUGCUUUGUCUUUGUCUUCAUGGCCCUUCUGGAAUAUGCUUUGGUCAACUACAUCUUUUUUGGGAGAGGACCGCAGCGCCAAAAGAAAGCAGCAGAGAAAGCCGCUAAUGCCAACAAUGAGAAGAUACGCCUGGAUGUCAACAAGAUUUUUUAUAAAGAUAUUAAACAAAAUGGGACCCAGUAUCGAUCCUUGUGGGACCCUACUGGAAACCUCUCCCCAGCUAGACGGACUACCAAUUACGAUUUCUCUCUGUAUACGAUGGACCCCCAUGAGAACAUCUUACUCAGCACUCUUGAGAUCAAAAAUGAAAUGGCCACAUCGGAAGCAGUAAUGGGACUUGGAGACCCCAGGAGCACAAUGCUUGCCUAUGAUGCCUCCAGCAUCCAGUAUCGAAAAGCUGGGUUGCCCAGGCAUAGUUUUGGCCGAAAUGCUCUGGAGCGACAUGUGGCACAAAAGAAGAGUCGCCUGAGGAGACGUGCGUCCCAACUGAAAAUCACCAUCCCCGACUUGACUGAUGUGAAUGCCAUAGAUCGGUGGUCCCGCAUUUUCUUCCCCGUGGUGUUUUCCUUCUUCAACAUUGUCUAUUGGCUUUAUUAUGUGAACUAAACUACAGCCUCCCAGGGGAAGCAAAGACUAGAUUCCUCCUCAAACAGUUGUACAGCCUGAUGUAGGACUUGGAAAACACAUCAAUCCAGGACAAAAGUGAUGUUAAAAUACCUUAGUUGCUGGCCUAUCCUGUGGUCCAUUUCAUACCAUUUGGGUUGCUUCUACUAAGUAAUGGAUACACUAAGGUCCUUGUGGUUUUCCAGUAACAAUGCAAGUGAUUUAUACACAUGCUGGCAAGACCAAGUGUGAAGUGUUCCACUUUAUAGAUUCUAGGAGACGUUAGAAAGCUCAGUAGCAUUGGCAGUCAGUUCUCUGAGACACGGUCAUUUCCAAGCGCUCUCCAUCAUUUUCCCUAAGAUCUGCCUGCUAUUGGAACAGCACUAUGCUUAUGAAACAUUAUCUGCAAUAAUGCAAACAUGUUACUUCCAAUGGUCAGUGAUGUCUGUGCCAGAUGAUGAAGGUGUCAAGAAAGGAGAUUCUCAGGGGUCUAGCAGAUCUGCAUGCAUUCUGAGCACAGUCAAAGCAGAGAUACGGGGCAAAGCUUCAACGAGACUCAGGAAACCAAUUCCACUGGUCUGUUUGAUUGCCUACAAAGAACCAGCUGCCAUGUCUUUCAUACAGGCAUUAGAGAGAGGCAGACUCCUGAACAGAUCACCAUAGCAGCCAAAGCUCAUGUUUCGCCAAAAAGCUAUUUCCUAGGAGAUUAAAAUAAAAGUUAACAGCACAGGUCAGGGUAAAAAAAAAAAAAA